AUGGGGAAAUGGGACGCUAUCACUGCUGCAACCAGCGGCGUGAAUCCCGCCGCCUACACCACCCUGAGCGGCCCCGGAUACCAGCCAGUGGGCAAGGCUAGUGACCAGAACGACGACACUCUUGUGACUGUGCCCGUGCUCGAUCUGAAAGCCCUGAAACAGAACGAAGCAGUAUCAGAUGCGGGCUCCUCCGACCGGUACACUGCCGGAAAGGAAGGCACCAGAUUAAAACAAACAGACAAGGGUCUUCCAAGCUUCUUCCGCCGAAAGAGGUCCAGCGUCCACUUUCCCUCUUCAAGAAGGGUCAAUAUUAAGAUGUGUCAAGUCACAAGAACGGAGUAUCAGAAGCACUAUGCCAAAGACGACCAGGGAGGCUACAUUGGUACAGAUGACCCUGCUGAAGACUGCAUCUUGAAUGAGGGCGACUUGGCCAGAUGGAGAGGGCCGGUGGCGGUUCAAGCACCGCUGUCCGUUCCCUUGACUGGAAUCGGGUUCGAGACUGUGGAAGACUCGGCGCAUCUCACAUCGAUGUCUAUACUUCCCGGCGCCACAGCGUCUACCACGGCUGACACGACUGCGACUUCUGGAGGGAAGAAGACCAAAUUCGGGCUAUUCAAGAACUUCAGAGGAAGCGGUGCGACCGAUGGAACAAUUCGGUAA